UGACAGAGGUGAAAGGAUCCCUAUGAUAGAGUCUGCGGAGCCUUCCCCGCCAGCGCCUUCUCUUUCUGGCUUCUUCGGUGGGUCUGGUUGUUUGUGAUUACUCAGGCCCCAGCUGAGAACCGAGGGACUUUCUUCGCGCUGUCUGGAUCUCCUUACCUUAUCUGUAGAUGUGUCCCUGAUGGUACGGCAGGCUCUGGACUCCUAAACCUCUGGAACGAAUUUAAGAAGAUUUUAUUCAUGUGUAUGACGUAGAAGAUGAAUUCUUCCUCCUCCACCAUGAAUGAAGAGCCUGAUGCUCUGUCAGUAGUUAACCAACUGCGGGAUCUAGCAGCAGAUCCGUUAAAUAGAAGAGCCAUUGUCCAGGAUCAAGGAUGUCUGCCUGGCCUUAUUUUAUUUAUGGACCAUCCCAACCCUUCUGUUGUCCACUCAGCUUUGCUUGCUCUUCGCUACUUGGCAGAAUGUCGUGCUAACAGAGAAAAGAUGAAAGGCGAAUUGGGUAUGAUGUUAAGCUUGCAAAAUGUUAUACAAAAGACUACAACUCCAGGAGAAACAAAACUUCUGGCCUCUGAAGUCUAUGACAUUCUUCAGUCUUCCAGUAUGGCAGAUGGUGAUAGUUUUAAUGAAAUGAAUUCACGUCGGAGGAAAGCUCAGUUUUUUCUAGGAACUACAAACAAACGUGCCAAAACAGUGGUUUUGCACAUAGACGGUCUUGAUGAUACGUCUCGGAGAAAUCUAUGUGAAGAGGCCUUGUUAAAAAUCAAAGGUGUUAUUAGUUUUACUUUUCAAAUGGCUGUUCAAAGAUGUGUGGUACGAAUCCGUUCAGAUUUGAAAGCAGAGGCACUGGCAUCAGCAAUAGCAUCAACCAAGGUCAUGAAAGCUCAGCAAGUUGUAAAAAGUGAAAGUGGAGAAGAGAUGCUGGUCCCAUUCCAAGAUACUCCUGUGGAAAUAGAAGAGAACACAGAGCUGCCUGACUACUUGCCUGAGGAUGAGAGUCCCACAAAGGAGCAGGACAAAGCAGUGUCCCGGGUUGGCUCCCAUCCCGAAGGUGGAGCUAGCUGGCUGAGCACAGCUGCAAACUUUUUAUCCAGAUCAUUUUACUGGUGACUUCAUCUUCAGUUUGGGGCUCAAGGAUUGUGUGAACCAACAACGGGCCAGUUUUCCAUUGUUGUGAUGAACUGUCAAGUGCAAUUUGCAAUAAGUUAUCAUGAAAAGUUUUUAGAUUACAUGAUUGUGUAUGCUGCAUUUUACAUUUUCUGGACAUUUUACUGAGUGGUAAAAAAAACAGAGGCUACAGGUGGAAUAUAUUGGCUUGGGAAAGUAUUUUGGUUUUGUUUUCCUUUAAUUGCCUCACUUUUUUUUUUUUUUUUUAAACAUGGGUCCACUGUUAACCAAACAUGUAUUGCAGCUUUACAUUUUAUUUUAUAUGAAGCACGUGAUUAGGAAAACUUUUCUCCUCAAGCCUCAGGAUCUAUCGGAAGAAAAGUUUUUUGUAAUUCAAGUUGUGCAUGAAUUUCUGAACAUUUUUCUCUGCUUUUCUUUUUGAACAGUACAUGCUUUGGUACUCUUCAGUGAUUGUUGGAAGCAUUUCUGAUUUCCUCCCCUUCUGUGCCUUUUGUUUGCCAACCAUGUUUAUAGAAAGGACAUUACUAAUGAGAGUUUGCAAAUUGAAAUUUAUCCACUCUAACAUAGUAGUUAUCUAAAAAUACAACCGAAAAGCUUUGUAAUAUUGUUAUUUUACUAAGAAUAAUGCAAAAAUGAGUCAGAAAAAGGAAACACGUAUAGUAGUAAAGUGCUUUUGGACCUAUUGGAUAUGACCAAAUGUGGUUCUAAUUGUUUACUGUUCACCGUUGAUGUCAGCUCAUGAGAUUAAGUCCACCAUGAUAUUGUGAGUAAUUAAAAGUGGUCUCGGCCUUACAUGGAGAUUACAGAACAUACCCUGGUAAGGAAAAAAAAAAAAAAUUGGUAGUUAAGAACUGACAAACCUGAAAGAAGAAAAACAAAAAUUGAAUGCCUAUAAUGCCAUAGUGCCACUCUGGUAGCAUCUAACUUUAAAAUAUGAAUUGCCUGGCUGAUGCCUACUUAAUAGGUAUUUCCUUAUAUUGCCUUUGUGAACUUAUAAAAAUGCUGCAGUUAUAUUGGAGGGGAAAAAAAGGACCCAAAUUGCUUAUAAAGAAAUAAAACCAGAAUUGGUUACAUCAGUUUCUCGUGUCCAGCCAGAAAAAAGAACUCAGUGAAGAUUAAAACACACACACACAAACACACACACACACACAUGGUGUUUUGGAGUAGGUAAGAACUAAGUACAUCUAUGUAAUACGUCAUUAAAACUCUAAAAUACUUGGCAAUUAAGAUUUUGUUUUGGAAGUCCAGCUAUAUCCAGAAAUGUUUUAAUGUUAACAUAAUUAAAAAUUAAUAGAAAUUUAAGUUCAUUUUCAUCACCAUGUAGAGCUGCUAUUUUACUACUUGGAGAAUGUGAAACAAAAGUUGGACCCUGGAGGGUUUUCUUAUGUUUUCAUCACUUCUCUUUUAGAGAAAAUUAAAAAUCUCCAGUGUUACUGGAGAAAAGUAAUUGUAAAAUACUACCACCAAAAAGUGUUAAGUUCCCUGACAUUGGGAUCUUCUGGAGGGAGAGGGGAAGGUAUUGAGGGUAUUAAGAACAAUAGUUUUUCAUGUGUCUGGUCUCUGAUUCAAGUAAUACGCACAAACAAAAUAUAAGCUUUCAGGGCACAUACUGCUUUACAUGCAUACUACUAACUUGCUGCCAGAACCAGAUGUGUUGGGGAAAAAAAAACCACCUCCUUUCUAUAGCCAUUAAAGCAAAGUUUACUUUCUGUUUAACAAAUUAUUUUAUUUUACAUUGCCGCACAUCUGCUUAUUUAAUAAACUACAUCCCAUUGGUAGUAAUGGUUCAGUACAAGUAGGCAUCUCAGCUUGAUGUUUGUGUGUUUCAAGUGUUCUUUUAUUCCAGGUCUUAUAGAGCAGUUAAGGCAACUGUAAUGACAUUUGCUUUGAAAUAUGUUGUAAAAUAAUAAAAGAUAAACAUAAUUAA